AUGCAAAGCUUUGGGAGAAAUGGAGGUCAGACACAAAUUUACCCUCAAUAGUCAAAUGCUCUAGAUGCCAUUUCUUAACUUUAACAGGUCUAAAUGUCACAAAAUGCCGCACCAAUCAGAAAUAAUGACAUCACGUUAAAUCCAACUCCUAAUUAAAAUAGACAAAGUUAUACAAGAGUGCUUUCAGAAAAUCAGAUACUUAAAAAUAAGCUUUAAAAACUAAAGCAAGAGACUAAAAUAACCAAAGCUGCAGAGAACAGGUUAAACAAUAACAAUAGCUUACAAGGAUUAGACACAAAGAGAAGUAAGUAGAAUCUUCUGGGAAUGCUAUUGGAUUCCAAAGCCGCAAACUUUAUCAAGUCACUUGCAAAUAAUCCUAUUUAGUCAAGUAGAACACAUCAGACUCUAAAACAAGAUGAUACCUUUAUCACAGAAACAAAUCAAACUGAUAACUCAUAACCAAUUGGAUUCGUGGGUACUAAGUAACAGAUGUAACUAGAUGAGAUGCAAAGCCAAAAGAGUAAAAUGGAUGCUUACAGUAAUGUGGAUCACAAGAUUGUAGAAAAGAUUCGAGAACUUAGGUCUGAGUAUGAAAAGAAACAAGAAGAAGCUCUGAGGGAAUAAGCUAUCAAUGACGUUAAGGUAGAGGCAAUGGCUAAGAAAAUACUUGACAUGGAUAAGGCUAAAAGCGAUGCAAUAUAGAGGUACAAGGAUGAAAUAUUGGCUAAACAAGAAGUGCAACAAAAGGUUCAGGAACUCAAGGAAUACAUUUAGGAGCUAGAGGAGUAACUUGAAGAUGCAAAGAGCAAAAUAACCUAGCAGAACCCAAUGAUAAGUUAGAUAAAGACCGUAACAGAGAGGGAAGCCAUUAAUUAGCAACUUGAAAAAGAAAGAGAGUAGAUGAGGUAGGAGUUGAACAAGGGCCUUGAACAUAUAGAUGAUGGGGGAGGUUAUGAAAAUCUGGGCAAUAAAAAGCGAAAAGAGGGCUGCUGGCAUGAAACUGAGAAGCAGGUUCUUAAAAUAUGGAGGAAGUUUAGUCCUUUGUCAUAGCGAUUAGCAAAGAUAUCCAGAACUAAUGAGAGAUCCAUAGUAGCUUACUUUACCUUUGUGAGAUUCAUUUUCCUUCUAUCGUUGCUGUAGGUCUUAGUUUUCACAUAUUUGAUUGUAAAUCAUGUGGCCAGAACUGAUAACUUCAAAUCUAUAUGUGUAUUCAAGUUUGUACCUUGCUUUAUGUUAUACUCUUCCUUUGAGGAUGAUGAAGCAUUAGGUUAUAGUAUAACAUUAGUUAUAUCUCUAACACUAAGUGUGAUUCUAUGCCUCUCUUACUUGAUUUCUUAGGAUAAGACUAGAAGAAUCAAGUCUUAGUACAUGAACGAUGGGACUAAAAAGUUUACCAAGCUCAUCUUUAAUGCUAUUGAAUGGAACAUCAGAGAUAGAUCAAAGAAAGUUGAUAUUAAAACUUAAAUAUCUAUGGAAAUGAAGAAUCUGCUGAAAGAAGACGAGGUUAAGAAAGCUAUUGCUAGUAGAACUAAGCAAGAGAAAUUCAAACUUUUCCUAAGAAGGUUAAUUUCCUUUUUGGUUAACAUAGCUGUAAUCGGCGGUGGUUGGUAUGCAAUCUACACGGUCAAUGUGAGGCAAGAUGAAAUCGAAACUAAGCUAGUUGAUUUCUAAUCUUGGCUUAAAUAUGUGGCAGACUUUGUAGCACCACUUUGUCUCUCCUUUAUAAACAUUAUCCUUCCAUCAAUUACAAACUAGUUGAUUUAACUUGAGAAAUGGGAUUUCUAGUCUACUGUUAUUAUAAAUGAAAUCCUGAGAAACUUUCUUACCAAGCAGUUCAACAUAAUCUUAUUCUUCUUGCUGAAUAUAGAUAUGUUAUUCCCUGAGACACUUAUUUCAAGCGAGGAUAUUAUAAAGUUUAAAGCCAGCACUUAUCCCUGUGCAGAGAUUCAAAUUUCAAUAAACUUCAUAAGAGUUGUAGCAACUGAGCUAGUCAUAUUUAUUCUAAAGCACCCAGUCAAGUUUUGUGUUCAUAAACUGAAAAACAUUUGCAAGUAAAACGCCAAAUAUGACAGACCUUAUGAUGAAACUUUUACAGAGAAGCCAAGGAUCAAAGUUUCUGAGUUCAUUGUCUGGACACUAUACAUAACUACUGUACUCUGGCUAUGCCCGAUGUUCAGUCCAUUGUUUCAAUGGGUGAUUCCACUCUUUUUAUACUUGAUUUUCUACUAUUCUCUCCUUUGCAUCAAGAUGUUCUACUAGAAGUCAUCUUAAUCAGGUGCCUAAUCCGCAGAAGACAACACAACUUACUUGAUAUUUAUAUUUGUGAACUUCGUAUUCUUAGGGAUUGUGAAUGGUGCCUAUGGAUAUUUCUUAUUUAGAUAAAUGAAUCAUACCUGUGGUGCUUUUGUAAAUUAUUAUGCUGCUAUUUACCCAUUAUUCGACAAAAGCACAGUCGUUUACCACAUAAUGGAUUUGCUUACAUUUCCACCAAUACUAAUUGCUUUAAUUUUCCUAUUCCUUGGAUUAGCUUUGAUUAAUCGUAACAAAUCCUAGGUGAUUGCCUAGUUCAUUGAAAGCAAAGAAAGAGAGUAUUAGCUUUUGGUUUUUGAUUUACAGAAGCGUAUCGAUAAUUUAAAGAAAAGGUAAAAUUUUAUGCUUGGAAAAGCAGAAAAAUCACGUAAAGAUUCCGCUCCCACUUUAUUAACUGCUGGGGAUAUGACCAAUAGAUUGGAAACGUUUAGAUGA